GCAGGCACAACUGGAGAGACCGGAAGAAGCAUGGCUCUAUCUUGUAUAUGGGCACACCCACAUACUCGUUGCCAUCAUUUGGGACAGAAGAACCAUGUUUGGCCCAACAGGUUUUGCUUUCUCUUUUUAACAGGUUUAGUGGCCUUGCUGCUUCUCCAGGAAGGCUCUGCCUACAAACUGGUUUGCUACUUCACCAACUGGUCCCAGAACCGGCAGGAACCAGGAAGAUUCACCCCUGAGAACAUUGAUCCCUUCCUAUGUUCUCAUUUCAUCUACUCAUUUGCCAGCAUCAAUAACAACAAGGUCGUCAUCAAGGACAAGAAAGAAGUGAUGCUUUACCAGACCAUCAACAGUCUCAAAACCAAGAAUCCCAAACUGAAAAUUCUGUUGUCCAUUGGAGGGUACCUGUUUGGUUCCAAAGGGUUCCACCCCAUGGUUGAUUCUUCCACAUCACGCUUGGAAUUUAUUAACUCCGUUAUCCUGUUUCUGAGGAACCAUAACUUUGAUGGACUGGAUGUAAGCUGGAUCUACCCAGAUCAGAAAGGAAACACUCAUUUCACUGAGCUGAUUCAUGAAUUAGAAGAAGCCUUUCAGGAGGACUCAAAAAAAUCCAACAAAGAAAGACUUCUCUUGACCGCAGGCGUGUCUGCAGGGAGGCAGAUGAUUGACAACAGCUAUCAGAUCGAGAAAUUAGCAAAAAAACUGGAUUUCAUCAACCUUUUGACAUUUGACUUCCAUGGGUCUUGGGAAAAGCCCCUUGUCACUGGCCACAACAGCCCUCUGAGCAAGGGGAAGCUGGACAGAGGGUCAAGCUCCUACUACAAUGUGGAAUAUGCUGUGGGUUACUGGAUACGUAAGGGAAUGCCCCCAGAGAAGGUGGUCAUGGGCAUCCCCACGUAUGGACACACCUUCACCCUGGCCUCUGCAGAAACCCGUGUGGGGGCCCCCGCCUCUGGUCCUGGAGCUGCUGGUCCCAUCACUAAUUCUUCAGGCUUCUUGGCCUAUUAUGAGAUCUGUCAGUUCCUUCAAGGAGCCAAGGUCACAAGACUCCAGGAUCAGCAAGUUCCCUAUGCCGUUAAGGGGAACCAGUGGGUGGGCUAUGAUGAUGUGGAGAGUAUAGAGACCAAGGUUCAAUUCUUAAAGAACUUAAACCUGGGAGGAGCCAUGAUCUGGUCUAUUGACAUGGAUGACUUCACUGGCAAAUCCUGUAGCCAGGGCCCCUACCCCCUUGUCCAAGCUGUCAAGAGAAACCUUGGACCCCUCUGAAGGCUAAUGUACAGUGGAGCAGGCGAGGUAACCUCACUGCCUGGGGCCUGCUCCCUCUUCGAAGCCUUUCCUGACUUUCUCUCAGACCUUGGA